UUUUUUUUUUUUUUUUUUUUGCACAGUCCAAGAUCUCUGUUCCUUGCGGACGCGGAGGCUCAGAAAACUCCGACGAGCUCACACCCCCGAUCCAAGAUGGCAGCACCGACGUCCAGGGCCGGCAAUGUUACCAUGAGGCUGCCGGAUGAGAAGACGAUCAGCUGGCCAGAGACGGUGGCUGGGAAGAUCCAGGAAGGGCUGUACAAGGUGCGGUUGAUUGAACGCUUUGCAGAGGACGCGGACCGCGACAUCGAGGUGCUUGAGAAAGAGGUGGAGGGCAUGGCGGCGGAGAUGGAGAUCGAGAUGCAGCUCGACGAGUACUGCCUCGACCUCGACGACAUGCGCAAGGCGCGCCAGGACUACGGUGCAGGUCCACUCUCCGAGGCGGAGGAGCGGUCCCUCCGCCAAAUCCGCGACCUCGCCGCCUCCGCCAUCGCCGACUACGAAACCCGCGUCGGCCCCGUCCCGGCCUACCACGGCGCCAUCAAUAUCCUCAGCAACACCAUCCCCUUGGAGCUCCCCCGCCCCUUAGCCAAGGCUUUGGCCUCCUCUUCGGCUUCUCGCCAUAAUUCACAGGGCUGCUAGCCAGCUGGAAAAUCGAGGGAGUGUUACAUGCUAAGAUAUGAUCACCUGGAGCACAACAUCCCUUCUUUUCCAUCACCCCUACCCUCCCGUGGUCAUCGAGUUGGUUAUUGUGGUUCUGACUUCUAAGGCUUAGUCUGUUGUAAGCAUGGCCUGGAGAUGUGUGAUUGCUAUGUAUUAGUGCUGUUGAUGUGAUGAUCAUCUCUGAUUUACGUGAACAUAUGGGUCUGGAACUGUGAUGCAUGUUUUCAUUCCUUUGUGUCUUCCUGCAGUAUAAUCACAUCAUUUAGUUGUGAA